GCAGAAGGGGUGGUGGGGAGCGGAGUGCAAGUAAGCAGCUUUGGAUCCCUCGGUCCGUUGGUUGGCUGGCUCGACCAGCAGGCGCUCGCGUAUUUUGGGGUGGCUCCAUCUCGUCACCAUCCAUCCCUGGCGGAGUCGCGCUGGUCGCGUACUUCUCCGUCCUUCUCGCUCGCACACACACACACACGCUAGCGCGCGCGCACACGGUGGUUGUACCGCGGCGCGCGCGAGCGAGGGGUGGAAAUAGUCAGUCGCGGGCUCGAGUCGAGUAAUAAUCGAAGCGCGUCAAUAUUGGCUGCAAGCGUCGGGCGCUCACUUGGUUUGGCGCGCGCGGAGCCGAUAGCCAGAGUGGAGGGGGCCGCGUAUUGAUCGCUGAUAUCGACGUCGGGGCGCACGCGUCGAAGACGGACAGCGGGCGAGCGAGCGAGCGAGAGAGUCCGUGUGCGCGCUGUCUCGACUCGACUCCCCCCUGUCGCGUCCUCGCGAGCGCUCUGUCUCUGUCUGUCUGUCUCUCUCCCGCCGGGGCAGAGCAGAGCUUUCGCGGCCUUCAGGAAUGGCGCAUCGAUCCUCCGAGUCGUCGUCGCCAGUGCAGUGCUCGUGACGAACUUCAGCGACUGAGAGUGUGCGCUCGAAGCGGGCAAUCGAUAUCGGGAGCGCGGCUGCGAUCGCCAGUGAGGAGGCCGAAGGAGUGCGCGCGAGCGCGAGCGAGUGCAGUGCGAGCGAGGGACCGCGCGAGGACCGAUGCCUCGUCGAUGGAUAGUUUAGGCGAGGAUCGUCAGCAGCAGCUCCUAGAGACGGGGCUCGAUGGCACCUCGUCGGUGGCGCGGAUGCGGAGCCUUCGCGCCGGCGCAUCCCCUCCCCACCACCAGCUUCACCACCACCACCACCACCACCACCACCACCACCACCACCACCAGCAUCAGCAUCAGCAGCAGCAGCAGCAGCAGCAGCUCGCACAGCAGCAGCAGCAACAGCACCACCAGCAGCAGCGACACCAACAGCUCGGCGCGCGAGGCGCGAGUGGUGGAGGGAACAGCGGCGGCAGCAACGGCGUCGCCGCCGUGGCCGCGGCCGUGCAACAGCAGCAGCAGCAGCAGCAGCAGCAGCAGCAGCAGCGACUAGAGCUUCAGACGGGCAGCGCGCAGCAGCAGCAGCAGCAGCAGCGACUGGCCGAGCAGCAGGAGGGGGCCGCGUCCGAGGUUAUGUCCGCGGGCAACUCGUCGGCCUCGCAGAGCCCCGACAUCGCGUGCGCGAGCCUGCCGCUCGAGCUGCUCGGCGUGAAGGAGGAGCAGCCCGACUGCGACGCCGCCACGCACAACAACGCCAGCAGCGGCGGCGGUGGCGCGCCGCAGCCGCACUCGCAGCACCGCAGUGUGAUCGUGGAGGCGCGCGGCGACGAGGCCAGCGGCCCGCAGCAGCAGCAGCAGCAGCAGCCGGCCGACGAGGAGCUGUCGCCCAGCAUGAUCGACGCCACGGACUUCCGGGCGAUGCAGCCCGAGCCCACCUACCAGACGCUCACCUCGGUGGCCGAGCGCAUGUCGCCGCCGGGCUUCUCGCCCAGCUCCAGCUACGCCACGCUGACGCCGCUGCAGCCGCUGCCGCCCAUCUCGACGAUGAGCGACAAGUUCGUGUACAGCGCGCACCAGUCGGGCGGCCAGGCCGGCCAGGGCGGCGUGACCGGCAGCUUCGCCGUCAUGCAGAACAACGGCCUGGCGAAUAUCGGCCUGGGCGCGAUGGCCGGCUCGCCCUACAGCUACGACAAGUUGCCCUCGAUGGGCAUGUCGCCGCCGCACAACUACCCGUCGCCCACGCAGGGCCUGCAGCCGUCGCCGCUCUCGCCGCAGAGCGCCUACAGCCAGUCGGCGCUCAACUCGCCGCACAAGUCCGCCUCGCCGCACUACGAGCCGGCCUUCCUGCCGCGCAUGCAGGCCUCGCCGCAGGCGCUCUCGCCGCCCUCGCCGCCACAGGCCGCGCAGUUCGGCGCUGCCCACCACUCGCCCGCCUCGCCGCCGCCGCAGUUGCAGUCGCAGCAGCAGCAGCAGCAGCAGCAGCAGCAGCAGCAGCAGCAGCAGCAGCAGCAGCAGCACGUGCAGCACACCUCGGUGGUGAUGAAGAGCGCGGUGGCGGCCGGCCAGGCCCAGGCCGCCGGCCAGGCCGAGCUCGAGGAGAUCAACACCAAGGAGCUGGCGCAGCGCAUCAGCGCCGAGCUCAAGAGGUACAGCAUACCGCAGGCCAUCUUCGCGCAGCGCGUGCUCUGCCGCAGCCAGGGCACGCUCAGCGACCUGCUGCGCAACCCCAAGCCCUGGUCCAAGCUCAAGAGCGGCCGCGAGACCUUCCGCAGGAUGUGGAAGUGGCUGCAGGAGCCCGAGUUCCAGCGGAUGUCCGCCCUCAGGCUGGCAGCGCUGAGCAGCAACUGCUCGGAGACGAGCGGUGGCGUAGCCGUGGACGGACAGGAGAGCUUGGAUCUCCACCAGGAGCAGCAGUAUCACAACUCAUAUGCUGCACAGAUUCCACAGCGCGGAACAUGCAAGAGGAAAGACGAGAUGUCGAGUCAGGCCGAACACCAGCAGCCCGCCCCCAAGAAGCCCCGGCUGGUUUUCACCGACCUCCAGCGCCGUACUCUACAGGCUAUUUUUAAGGAGACAAAGAGGCCGUCGAAGGAGAUGCAGGUGACAAUCGCGCGGCAGCUGGGCCUCGAGCCGACGACCGUUGGUAACUUCUUCAUGAACGCGCGCCGACGAUCAAUGGACAAAUGGAAGGACGAGGACCCCAAAUCGCAGCAGCAGUCGUCGAGUGUGGACGAGGGACAGUUGUCACCGACGAUCGGCAUCAGUCCCCGGCAAGCCGGCGACGUCUUGUGACACACGUCCGACCACGAGGAGUACCAGGACGAGUCGCCCGAGGAGGAGCUCAGCUUCUCCUAAAUCGCCAGCCUGCGAUCUUCGCCUUUCUCUCGCACUUUUGCAAUCUAGUCAGACCGAAACAGCCCGGAGAGAAAGGCGAGAGCGGCUCUCGUCCUAUCCGCCAGUGUACUCCUGCGUGGCUGAUAUCUAUCAUAGAUAUAUAAAUAUAUACAUAACAAACUCGAUAAUUAACCAUUCUUCACUCUCACUCACUUGAUCGUACACUACGUGCAACAACAAACAGACGAACAAAAAGUAAAUGAGAGAGAGAGAGAGAGAGAGAGAAACGAGCGAGGGGAAACUCGACUACAAAGAAACAAAUGAAAAAAAAAAUAAGAGAAAACUACGUCUAUUUUUCUCUCCUUCCUGUGUGAAAGCGAAGGAGAGCCGUUCGUGCAUAGUACAAAAAACACUAGGCAAGUCGUCGGUGCAACGUGUGCAAUUCUUAUAGGGGAAGGGCUUACGAGGCUCAGCUGUGUGUGGAAAAGAGACUUGUGUAUUAUAUACGCUGUAAAUAGUAUUAUAGUUAAGGAGAGCAAGAGAGAGAGAGAGAGAUUGAGAGAGAGAGAAACAAGUUUAUUACCGAUUAUAAAAAAAAAAAUUAGAAAGCGCGACGGAAAUGAUGAUUAUUAUUAUUACUGCAAUUGUAUUGAUGCAAAACAAAUAAAAAGCAAGGUGUUUUUGUUAAGGAAUUUAAACAUUAGAUAGUUGCAUUGUAGACGAGAUUACAAGCGUCGUGUAUAAGUAUUGUAUAAUGUACUGCGAGACACAAACAUACUUACACAAAUAACCCACACACAUACACAGAUACACGCGCGCGCGCGCGUGGACACCUCUAUAGCUAACUUAAACUGUGCUACAUUUAUCAUAGUGGGGUACGAAUCAAUAAGACCAAAGGACUGAUUCAUUUUUUUUUUUUUUUUCGUUUCGUUUAGUUUUCGUUUUCGUUAUUAUCCCUUCUCUUUUUUCGAUACAGGGGUGGACGAUCGCUACGGCGGAGUUACUUAAUUCUUAGGCAUUCCUCGCGAUGCAUCAUUAUUGCCUCGUUAGGUUGUAGACAAUUGUUUAUCGGUUUUCGACGAGAUUCCACUCGUACAAUUAUUUUUCUCUCCCUUUCGUUCAUCAAUUUACUCGCGCUUUAUUUAUUUACGUGUAUUUGCCUCGUAAGGCUUUUCUUUCCCCGUGAACCCCGUGAGUCAAUUUACUUAGGCAAUCCCUUUUCGUGGGCUGACGUUUUUGGGGAGUAGUGAGUAACUUUUUUAAAAUUUUUAGUGUUUUAAGCCAACUCGUAACUGUAAAGCUUUUGGUUGUUUGUUUUACGAAAUUGACAUUUGUAAAAUAUGAGAGUACCUUGAGAAACUCGACUACGAAAAUGCAGUCAAUAUCGUUUUUAAUUCGACGCGACUCUCGUUGCUGCAAAAACGUCAACUCGCAGGGAAACAAGUCAACUCUAUUGAGUACUGUUAAUCAUUUACGCUUACGAUUAUCAUUCCUCGAGAUUGUUUCGUUGAACAACGUGUAGGCUAAAUUGUAAAAAAAAACGUUAAGCGAGAUUAAAAGAAAAAAAAAAUUAAAAAAAAAACAACGCGGCUGAUUCCGACGCGUGUGCAUGAUGAUUUUUAUAAAGCGCGAGCUAUCAAUGUUUUCGGCUUUUCGAGUAAAUCAGAAUGAAAAAAAAUUUUAUCUAGCGCUUGCUCAUCAUCGAUUGGCCGAAUAAGUUUUAUUCGUUCCUGUCAAAUUUCAAAUUGUUUUUUAUUUUUCGUCAUCGCGAUUAGCUCGAAAGAACGUUUGGUUUUUUGAUUCAUUGGCGAUCGAGAAUAUAAAAAAAAAAGACAAAACAAAAAAAAAACCAACACACUAAAAAUUGUGAUAUAUUAUACAGAAGAAAGCGGUUGUAGAAGCUCUCAUCGUUGCUGCUAUCAUUUUUAGGAUUGUACACACGUUAGUAGUACUCGCGGUUUACUUUCCUGACGGAUCGAAGUGCCUAGGAAGGAACAUUUGGAAAAAAAAAAGAAAAAAAAAAAACCCGAGAAAAAGAAGAAGCACUAAAGAGUAUAGAAGCGCAUUCGUCGCGCGCGCACGUCUCUCUCCGCGAUCGCCGUAACACAACACUGCAGCGCGUCGAAUUCCAUACAUAUGUGCCGUGAAGCACGCGGGUGCGCGCGCGCGCGCGUGUCGUUACGUUAACGCCUCGUCGCCUGAUCGGGAGCCGACUAACCAUGUAUAAGAUAAAAUAUAUACGAGCCGAGCUUUCGUCUCGAGCGAUAAUAAUUUUUUUACCUGUGCGUCGACGAUGCUUCUAAUGUGUAAUCUGAAGGAUCCUCCCGAGCAUACCCCCGCAACAACACGUAACGCCCUCGCCAACGUUGUACAUUGUUUUUCCCAGAGACAUAUCUUAUCAGAUGGACGAGAGAGAGAGGGAGAGAGAGAGAGAGAGCGGCACAAUAACGUUAUUUAUACUAUUAUUCGCAUCGCGUGCGCGCGGGAGGUGGGCGCGCAACCAUUUUAAACCGCAAUGUAUCACCGGCAAUAUAUAUGUGAUGAAAACGAGCAAGGAAAACGAGCGGGGCACGUUUCGCUUGACCGUACAUGUGCACGUCGACUCGCGAAGGAUCUUAGAAUAUUCGAGUGCUCAUGGCUGGUUGGGGGAGACACGUGCGAUCGUACAUCUCGGAUAUGCAGUUCGUCAUCUUAUUUUGACUAUCACAUUGCGUCAACCAACAGAUUAACGGGGAAAAAUAGUUCACACGACAAUAAGGUAUAUAUUGAUUAGUUGGACGAGUGCGGCGCUGUAAAAUAAUAAGGGACAAGAAAAAAAUAUAUACAAAAAACCAAGUAAACAAUUAACUAUAUUUAUUAUAAUACGAGUGUCACAGUAUGAUUGAAACCAUAUAUAUGUAUAUAUACAUAUGUAUAUGUACAUGUAUAUUUAUAUAAAGGCAAGAAAUAUGAGCUAUAUGUACAAUUCGGACAAGUUCGACACAAGUGAGAGAUCUGAUUAGGAAGAGGUGUGAAUUGCGAGGAAUUUAGCGGUGUAUUAUUAACUCGGAUCAUAAGGAAUACACACACACACACACACACACACACACACACACACACACACACACACACACAAAGACAAGAAACAAAAAACAAAAACUGCUAGGACAACUAUAAACGCGAGAGAAUCGGUGACUGUUUGUAUAAGAGUGAUCGGUUAUCUAUUCUUAAUAAGCUAAGGAGACACACAAGUUCAAGCGAAAAAUACCAAAGGAUAUAAGAAAAAUAGCUUAUACGUGAAUAUUUAUGAUUUAUUUAUUAUUUAUAUUAUAAGUGAGCUCGCGAGUGGAAGAGUGUGGUGGUUGUAAGCCGUGCGCCGGAGAGAAAAAGAGUAGAAUGUAACUUAGGACGAGCGGAGAGACAUACAUAUAGUCAUAUUGUUUCCCGAUUUAUUUUUCUCGGAGAGAGCGCGUGCAGCAGAACGCGAAUCUGUUGCGAGUGCUAGGAUCGAGUUGUUGAUAAAAAUUUUUUGGUCCCGCGACCGGCGAAUCGGUCUUUCCGCGGAGGGGCGCGCGCGUUUCUUUCUUUUUCCCUUUUGAACACGACGAAUCGGCACGGUCUUGCGUAGAUCGAGCAACUUUAUUCUGGCAUGAGCGCGUUCGAGAGGCAAAAAUACAAUUAUUGUACUAGCGACGGAAAAUUCGAGGCGCGGACAAUUGUAAACUACUGUAAACUACAAUGUUACUACGUUUUACGAAGAGCUUAUUGUAGUCGAGAAUUAUAAAUGAAGAAAAAAAAAAUGAAAAAAAGAAGCGGCAUGAUUUUAAAUCGUGACGACGAUGAAAAAUGGUAAUUGAGUGUAGCACUUGAAUUCUUUACACUUUUGCACGAGACGUGUGUUGUACUUAAUUGAUCGUUUAAUGGAAUAUGUAAUUAACAUUUUAUUACUUAGCAAUUAAACUUAAUUUAUU